AUGGAGGAGAUUUCGUGGAGACAAAAGUCUCGUGGUUUGUGGCUUAAGGAAGGUGAUAGGAACACGAAGUUUUUCCAUCGCUUGGCCAACGCUCAUUGUAGGGGCAACCAUAUUGGUAGGAUUCGGGUGGAAGGUGAGUUAUUGUGCAAGGAAGAUGAGAUUUGCAAGGGUAUUGUUGACUUCUAUGCGAAGCUUUUCACAGAGACUGUUGGGUGGAGACCUUUGCUUGAGGGGCUCCAGUUUGAUUCUAUCUCUAGUGAGGAGGGCUCUGGUUUGGAGGCGCUUUUUUUUGAAGAGGAAGUGCUGGUUGCUUUGAAGAGCUGUAACGGGGAUAAAGCCUCGGGUCCGGAUGGGUUUACUAUGAGAUUUCUUUUAGACUGCUGGGAGGUGGUCAAAGGGGAAAUUGCACAGUGGGUUCCAGGCAUUCUGUGUAAGUUGGACAUCGAGAAGGCAUACAACCAUGUGAGUUGGAGCUUCCUUCUUUAUUUGAUGGAGAGGAUGGGGUUUGGAAUGCGAUGGAGGAAAUGGAUUCAUUUUUGUAUUUCCAGUGCUCGUUUCUCUGUGCUUGUGAAUGGAGUUCCGUCGGGUUUUUUCUCUAGCUCGAGGGGGUUGAGGCAGGGAGAUCCGCUUUCCCCUUUUUUGUUCCUCUUUGUAAUGGAAGCCCUCAGUAGGUUGAUGAGGAGAGUUGUGGAGCUGGGUUUUCUGAGGGGUUUCCGGGUGAGCAGCGAUGUUACUAGUCAGUUGGAGAUCUCGCACCUGAUGUUUGCAGAUGAUACUUUGGUUCUGUAUGAUGCAGAUGUGUCCCAGCUCAGAUAUCUGAAAUGUGUUUUGAUUUGGUUCCAAGUUGUGUCCGGCCUUAAGGUGAAUGUUGGAAAGAGUGUUUUGGUUCCAGUCAGUGACGUCCCUAACAUCGGGAUGCUUGCGAGCAUUCUUGGUUGCCGUAUAGGCUCUUUUCCCAUUUCUUAUCUAGGGUUGCCCUUGGGUGCUCCUUCGAGAUGUGUGGGGGUUUGGGAUCCAGUCGUGGAUAGGUUUGAGAGGCGGUUGGUAGGGUGGAAGCAGCAGUAUCUUUCCAAAGGGGGGCGAGUGACUUUGAUCAAGAGUACCCUUUCUUGUCUUCCCACCUAUUUUAUCUCUCUUUUCCAGAUUCCAUCCUCGGUGGCGGAGAGGAUUGAGCGUUUGCAGCACAAUUUUUUGUGGGGAGGGAAAGGGGAGGAAUUCAAGUUUCACCUGGUCCGUUGGAAGCAAGUUUGUAGGCCGAUUCGGAAUGGAGGGUUGGGGCUUAGAAGAUUGGUGCUUUUCAAUAAAGCUCUCCUUGGGAAAUGGUUAUGGAGGUUUGGGAUGGAGAGGCAUUGGCUUUGGAGGAAGGUCGUGGUGAGCAGAUUUGGGGAGAGUAGAGGAGGGUGGGAUGGUAGGCGGAUUAGUUUUUGGGAGGAUGUCUGGUGUGGGGACAUCCCUCUUGCUCUUGCUUUCCCUCAACUAUUCAGGAUUGCUUCGGAAAGGCAAGCCAGGGUGAUCAACUGUUAUCAUCUUGAUAAUGGGAGAUUGGUUUGGGAUAUUCGAUUCAAACGUCUGUUUCAGGACUGGGAAGUUGAUGAUGCCAUUCGUCUUCUAGAGGUAUUAUAUCGGUGUCUCACUCAAGAGCCUGAAGGUCCUUUCCCAUGGAGGGCAGUUUGGCGUUCUAAGCCUCCUCUUAAGGUGGCCUUCUUUGCUUGGACCUCUGUUUUGGGAAAGAUUUUGACUCAGGAUAAUUUGAGAAGAAGGAAUCAGGUGGUGGUUAAUCGGUGUUAUAUGUGUCGUCGGGAUGAAGAGUCAGUGGACCAUCUUCUUUUGCAUUGUCCUUUGGCCAAGGAUUGUUGGGAUUUGAUGCUUGGCCUGUUUGGUUUUAUGUGGGUCAUGCCUGGCUCUUCGAGAGGUUUGAUUGAGGCUUGGAAAGGCUAA